GGAAGCGCGGGCUUCACGUGACGGGGCGUGGGCCGCUGCCCUGGAAACGCAGAUCGCGUGCUACUGCGGGAGCUGGAUCCCCGGGCUCAGAGUUUGGGGCUGAGGAAGAGGCUGUGGUGGGGGUACGAUGCUGUGCUCCCGAAGCCUGGGCGGCCUCGGAGCCGGGGUAGCGGCUCUACGCUCCAGGCCAGCAGGCCAAGUUAGGUUCGGAGCUGGGAUCCGGGCCCGAAGGGUCAGCACCAGCUGGUCCCCGGUAGGCGCCGCCUUCAAUGUCCGGCCCCAGGGCCGCCUCCUGGACCUGUUCGGCGAGCGCCAGGGUCUCUUUGGCGUCCCUGAGCUCAGUGCUCCAGAAGGAUUUCGAGUUGCACAGGAGGAAGCCUUGAGAAGGACAGAGUUGCUGGUGGAGCGGGUGUGUUCUACCCGCCCUGGGCCGGAGACUGUUUUCAUCUUUGAUGAGCUCUCUGACACCCUGUGCAGAGUGGCGGACUUGGCUGAUUUUGUGAAAAUUGCACAUCCCGAACUGGCAUUCAGAGAGGCCGCUGGAGAAGCCUGCAGGAGUAUUGGCACCAUGGUAGAAAAGUUGAACACGAAUGUGGAAUUAUACCAAACUUUGCAGAAACUAAUAGCUGAUAAAAAGCUUGUGGACUCCCUUGAUGCUGAAACCAGGCGAGUGGCUGAACUGUUCAUGUUUGAUUUUGAAAUCAGUGGAAUCCAUCUAGAUGAAGAAAAGCGUAAAAGAGCAGUGGACCUUAAUGUUAAAAUCUUGGAUUUGAGUAGUCAGUUUCUUAUGGGAACCAACUUUCCCAUCAAGAUUGAGAAGCAUCUCGUACCCGAACACAUUCACCAUCACUUUGUGCAUGACAAGAAUCAUAUAGUUGUUGACGGCCUACAUGCAGAAGCCCCGGAUGACUUGGUUCGAGAAGCUGCUUAUAAAAUUUUUCUUUAUCCCAAUGCUGGCCAGUUAAAGUGCUUAGAAGAAUUGCUCAGUAACAGAGAUCUUCUGGCGAAGUUGGUGGGGUAUUCUACAUUUUCCCACAGGGCCCUUCAAGGAACGAUUGCUCAAAACCCCGAGACUGUCAUGAAUUUCCUUGAGAAACUAUCUGACAAACUUUCUGAAAGAGCUGUAAGAGAUUUUGAGAUGAUGCAAGGGAUGAAAAUGAAACUAAAUCCUCAGAAUUCUGAACUGAUGCCUUGGGAUCCCCCAUACUACAGUGGUGUGAUUCGUGCAGAGAGGUAUAAUAUUGAGCCCAGUUUAUACUGCCCAUUUUUCUCCCUUGGAGCGUGCAUGGAAGGCCUGAAUAUCUUGUUUAACAAACUGCUGGGCAUUUCACUGUAUGCAGAGCAGCCUGCCAAAGGCGAGGUGUGGUCCGAAGACGUCCGGAAACUGGCUGUUGUUCACGAAUCUGAAGGAUUGUUGGGGCACAUUUACUGUGAUUUUUUCCAGCGAGCAGAAAAACCGCAUCAGGAUUGCCAUUUUACAAUUCGAGGAGGCCGAUUAAAGGAAGAUGGAGAAUAUCAACUCCCAGUUGUAGUUCUUAUGCUGAAUCUUCCCCAUUCCUCAAGGAAGUCACCCACUUUAUUAACUCCUGGGAUGAUGGAAAAUCUUUUCCAUGAAAUGGGACAUGCCAUGCACUCAAUGCUCGGGCGAACUCGGUACCAACAUGUCACGGGGACCAGGUGCUCCACGGAUUUUGCUGAGGUUCCAUCUAUUCUCAUGGAGUACUUCUCAAAUGAUUAUCGAGUGGUUAACCAAUUUGCCAGACAUUAUGAGAGUGGACAGCCGCUGCCGAAAGCCAUGGUGUCUCGUCUCUGUGAAUCGAAGAAGGCUUGUGCUGCUGCAGACAUGCAACUCCAGGUUUUUUAUGCCACUCUGGAUCAAAUCUACCAUGGGAAGCAUCCCCUGAGGAAGUCAACCACAGACAUUCUCAAAGAAACACAGGAGAAAUUUUAUGGCCUCCCCUAUGUUCCCAAUACCGUGAUACGGGAAUUUACUCAUUUAGGCAGUGCUGGAGAUCCGACCUAGGGACUCACCCAUGCCAGGCCGGUGCUUUCCACUCACGGAGCACGUCGCCAUUCUCCAGUCCACAGUUUUAUUUCACUCAUGAAUAUGAGGUUGCAUCACUGCUUGUUGACUUCAUGUGGCAUCAAUACUAAUGAUUUUUUAAGCUUUGAUUUGUGAGUAAUUGAAGAAACAUGAAGGUAAAGAAUAAUUAUCUGUUAAAUGAGAUUUUUUCCAGUUAAUUAUUUUCAAAGUAAGACUGGUAAGAGAAGCUGUGACCACAAAGGGGGAUCUUUUUAUGAAUAUCUGAGGUCCUCUGCUGACCUCUGCUCUUACCACACUUUGUCAGAUGUCAGUUUAAAGAAGGGCAUAAAGAUCUCUCUCUCUCUCUCUCUCUCUCUCUCUGUUUGUUUAACAUGUACAAAAAUACAUUGUCUACUGAACAAUGGGACAAGAGCCCCUGGGUAGUUAAGAGUUCACUGUUGUUUCUCUCUAGAGCAUAUUCAACUUAAAUUGUUUGUAAAAGUGCUUAUACCUCCUCUUUAAUUUUUCUUUUUCUGGGUGUAAGGUUCAUUUCCUCCUAUUCUUGUGCCCCUGCUCUCCUAGUGGAAAAUCUCUUCCGUGAGGUACAGGUACUGCUGGUGUUGAGUUACCUUGGAGUAUUUGAUGUCACUAAGCAAAUGUUAUAUUAAAGAAAACAAUAUUUAUUUUUAUUUUUCUUUAUGUGAAGUACAGAGGCCAUCUGGUGCCUAUCUAGAAACACCUAAGUGGUUAAUUACAUGUUAAAUUCCUUUCCUCUUUGGCUACAUAAACAACUGAGAAAAUAUUUACCUUCUCUGUCAUGCUGGAUUUAUUUAUGACUUUGUAACUAAAACACAGAAGUGUUAUAAAUUGAAACUUUAAUCUCACGAUUGACUCAUUUUGUAAAAAUUUAUAUGGUUUCAGUGUGUGGGACAGCUGCAACUCUAGAUUUCACCAGUUUCCAACAUGAGGAAAUUGUAUGACUGCUGAGUUGUUUUUAUAAUGUAGUCCUUUGAGCCAAAUUACAACUUUCAUUUUUGUCUUGGUUUUCUUGAGCAGCAUUGCACUAGGUGGGGAGGGGGGUGCAAUUUGACAUGGGCUGGAUAUAAUGAACUAAAAGCCCAGAAUACUAGAUGUUUUGCUUUACCAGAUACACUCUUGUACUUUUAAUAAUACACAUGUGUCUUUUAGAUUUAGGUUGUUUAUAUUUCAGGAAGCUUUUUCUUUCAUGAUUCCCUGAGGUAAGUCACAUUCUCAUCCACAAGGAAUGUGAGCAGGUCGCUGGGACUCACUGAUUCCUGUAGUGCUGGGCACCCAGAGGGGCGCCCGUGAUGCCCAUUCACAUCCAUGCCUCAGCACUAACAGGGCCUCGAAGUACAGGCAACUUAGACUAGCAGGAAGUUCCAGUUAAGUGUUCAUUUUAAAUCUUCAUUACAUUUUGAGUAAUAUAUAUACAUGAUUAAAAAUAAGUGUGAAGGGCUUUACAACGUCAAGUUGGCCUUCUAUUCUGUCCCUCCUGCCCUCCGUUCCCAUCAGGGAAAGGAUGGGUCACUGUCACACACUGAUUUAAAGAUAGAAUUACAUCCAUUCUAACCACAAUUCUCAGUAAUUUCCUUCCUUUUUUACUCUCCCUACCUUCUCUCUGAAAUAGGCUGACUCUAAAGUGGGCACUGAUAGAUAGCUGUCUCCAUGUGAGCAGGUCCACAUAGAGCACUGUCAGUACAGCCUUUGCUGAGUAUAGAUAUGAACAUGACAGCCCUCCUUAAGCAUGGUUCCAUUGCUUGUAAGUUAAGGCCAAAGCUUUCUGCCUACUCAUGAGUUCCUGUGUGGUCUGGCCAUUCCAUGUUCAUCUAGCUGGACACAUUCUGCUUCCUUGGCACCUGCUUCUUGGCACUUGUUCCCUCUGCCUAGAGAGUUCUCUCAUUCCUGCUCACUUGACUUCUGCUUCUUAUGUCACCUCUCCAGACUGACCAGGCCCUCUGUUACCCCAUCCACAACCUUGGCCCUUCCCUUCAGAUCAGCUGUCUUCCUACCUGGGGUGAAAUUCACACAGCAGUAAGGCCUGUUUCUUAAUUGUUCAUUAUUUUUCCAGCACCUUGCAGUUACUUAUCAUGGUAGAUGCCCAAUAAACAUUUAUAUAAGUUUUUUUUUACCCUUUUAUUGAGACACAGUUUAAAGAAUACCAAUCCUAAUACACACCCCCAUGAAUCUUUAUGAAUUCAUUUACCUGUGCAGUCACCACCCAGAUCAGGAUUCACAGUGUUUCCUAUACCUCAGAGGCCCAUGUUUCUGCAUCUCAGUCAAUAUACUUUCCCCAUAAGGCACCAGUGGUUUUGCCUGUUCUGAACUUUGUGUAAGUGGUGUUCUACAGCACAUGUAUAUCUUUUGUGUCUGGCUUCUUUCAUCCGACAUUACGUCUGUGAGAUCCAUCCAUCUAAUGGCAUGUUUCAGUGAUCUGUUCUUUUCCAUUGCUUUGUAGCAUUCCAUUUCUACUAUGCCACAUUCUGUUUAUUCCAGUAUUUGGAGUCACUUGAAGUAUUUACAGCUUUGGAUUAUUAUGAAUAAAGUUCUGUAAAUCUUA